AUGGCGGCGGCUCAGAUGAGCCUGCUUGGAUUGGUUCGCCUGGUCCCAUCUAGGAAGAGGAAGAUCCAGAUUCUCAAAGAUAUUAGUGGCAUUGUCAAACCUUCUAGGAUGACUCUUCUUCUGGGUCCUCCAAGUUCUGGAAAAACAACAUUGCUGCGUGCACUUGCAGGAAAACUAGAAAAUAACUUGAGGGAAACCGGGAAAAUCACCUACUGUGGGCAUGAGUUUAAAGAGUUUGUUCCUCAGAGGACGUCUGCAUAUAUCAGCCAACACGAUCUUCACAACUGGGAAAUGACAGUGAGGGAGACAUUCGAUUUCUCAGGAAGAUGCCAAGGAGUUGGAACCAGGUACGAGAUGUUAGAAGAACUUUCACGAAGAGAAAAAGAAGCUGGAAUCAAACCCGACCCUGAAAUUGAUGCAUUCAUGAAAGCCAUUUCAGUUUCCGGCCAAAGAACCAACUUGUUCACAGACUAUGUUCUCAAGAUACUAGGAUUGGAUAUUUGUGCUGAUAUUAUUGUUGGUAAUGAGAUGAGGAGGGGGAUUUCUGGGGGACAGAGAAAGCGUGUAACUACUGGGGAGAUGUUGGUUGGACCAGCAAAGGCACUGUUUAUGGAUGAAAUAUCAACUGGGUUAGACAGCUCCACAACUUUUCAGAUAUGCAAAUUCAUGAGGCAAAUGGUUCACAUAAUGGAUGUAACAAUGAUAAUUUCUCUGCUACAGCCAGCUCCAGAGACCUUUGAACUUUUUGACGAUGUAAUUUUACUUUCAGAGGGUGAAAUUGUGUACCAAGGCCCAUGUGACAACGUCCUCGAGUUCUUUGAAUUCAUGGGUUUCAAAUGCCCAGAAAGGAAAGGAGUGGCUGACUUUCUGCAGGAAGUCACAUCCAAAAAGGACCAAGAACAAUACUGGUCUAGAAAGAGCCAACCUUACAAAUACGUUUCUGUUCCUGAAUUCAUACAAGGAUUCAAAAGAUUUCAUGCUGGCCAACGCCUUAAUGCAGAAAUCAGUGUUUCUUUUGACAAAAGGAAUACCCAUCCAGCUGCAUUGGUCACCAAAAAAUAUGGCUUGUCCAAUUGGCAACUCGUCAAGGCUUGUUUUUCAAGGGAGUGGCUUUUGAUGAAGCGUAACUCAUUCAUCUAUGUGUUCAAGACAGUCCAAAUAACAAUCAUGUCUUUAAUUACAAUGACAGUGUUCUUCAGGACGGAAAUGAAAGUAGGGACUGUGGAAGGUGGUGGCAAAUUUUUUGGAGCUCUGUUCUUUAGCUUAAUCAAUAUGAUGUUUAAUGGAAUGGCAGAACUAACGUUGACCAUUGCCAGGCUGCCUGUCUUCUAUAAGCAGAGGGAUUCCUUGUUUUUCCCUGCUUGGGCUUUUGGGUUGCCAAUUUGGCUACUCAGAAUUCCUUUAUCAAUUAUGGAAUCAGGCAUCUGGAUUAGUCUUACAUACUACACAAUUGGGUUUGCUCCAGCUGCUAGCAGGUUUUUCCGGCAAUUCUUAGCAUACUUUGGAAUCCAUCAGAUGGCUCUAUCACUCUUCCGAUUCAUCGGUGCAGCUGGAAGAGUUCAAGUUAUUGCAAGUACAAUGGGAAGUUUCACUCUACUAAUGGUCUUUGUAUUAGGUGGUUUCAUCAUUGCCAGAGGUGACAUCGAACCGUGGAUGAUAUGGGGCUACUACAUGUCUCCUAUGAUGUAUGGACAAAAUGCUAUUCUCAUUAAUGAAUUCUUAGACGAUAGAUGGAAUAAGCCUCCUACAGAUCCCAGAUUAAAUGGAACUACUGUUGGGAAGAUUCUCCUUGCUUCAAGAGACUUUUAUGAUACCAAUAAAAUGUAUUGGGUUUGUGUUGCAGCACUAUUUGGGUUCUCUCUUCUUUUCAACAUAUUCUUCAUCAUUGCAUUGACUUUCCUAAACCCUUUGGGCGAUUCAAGAUCUGCCAUUGUUGAUGAGGCAAAUGAUAACAAAAAUCCAUAUUCUGCAUCCAGAGGUAUUCAAAUGCAAACGAUAAAGUCUUCAAAUGUGGCAAAUAAUUCAAAUCAUCCAGCAAAGAAGGGGAUGGUUUUGCCUUUUCAGCCCCUUUCACUUGCAUUUAACCAUGUCAACUACUAUGUGGAUAUGCCUCCAGAAAUGAAGAGUCAAGGGGUUGACGAAGAUCGCCUUCAACUACUGCAAGAUGUCAGUGGUGCUUUCAGACCUGGUGUCUUGACAGCGCUUGUAGGGGUCAGUGGGGCUGGAAAGACCACUCUAAUGGACGUCUUGGCAGGGAGAAAGACGGGCGGAUACAUUGAAGGAAGCAUCAGUAUAUCUGGUCACCCGAAGAACCAAGAAACAUUCGCUCGGGUUUCUGGUUAUUGUGAACAAAAUGAUAUUCAUUCACCACAUAUUACUGUCUAUGAAUCAGUGCUAUAUUCAGCCUGGCUCCGCCUUCCGUCAAGUGUCGACACAACAACAAGAAAGAUGUUUGUGGAAGAAGUCAUGGAACUAGUGGAGCUUACCCCUCUUAGAGAUGCUUUAGUUGGACUUCCUGGGAUAGAUGGUCUUUCAACAGAACAAAGGAAGAGGUUAACAAUAGCUGUGGAGUUGGUGGCCAAUCCAUCUCUUAUUUUCAUGGAUGAACCGACGUCUGGCCUUGAUGCUAGAGCUGCCGCUAUUGUUAUGCGAACUGUGAGAAACACAGUCGAUACUGGUAGAACUGUGGUUUGCACAAUUCACCAACCCAGCAUAGAUAUUUUUGAAUCGUUUGAUGAGCUAUUGUUGAUGAAACGAGGUGGACAAGUCAUUUAUGCAGGGUCUCUCGGUCACCAGUCUCACAGGCUCGUCGAAUAUUUUGAGAGCGUUCCAGGGGUUCCAAGGAUUAAAGAUGGCUACAAUCCUGCUACUUGGAUGCUUGAAGUGACAGCUUCAUCUGUUGAGACUCAACUUGAUGUGGAUUUUGCAGAAAUUUAUGCUAACUCUGCACUUUAUCAGAGAAAUCAAGAACUUAUUAAAGAACUCAGUACUCCAGCUCCCGGAUCUCAGGAACUCCACUUCCCAUCUAAGUACUCCCAAUCAUUCAAUGUUCAGUUCAAAGCUUGUUUCUGGAAAUGGUAUCGGUCAUACUGGAGAAACCCUCGAUACAACGUCGUCCGGUUCUUCAUGACAACAAUUAUUGGCCUUUUGUUUGGCCUUAUCUUCUGGAACAAAGGAGAGAAAACUGAUGAAGAACAAGAUCUAAGGAACUUUUUGGGGGCCAUGUAUGCUGCUAUUCUUUUCCUUGGAGCCAGCAACGCCGCUGCAGUGCAGCCAGUCGUCACCAUAGAGAGAACUGUUUUCUACCGCGAAAGAGCUGCUGGCAUGUAUUCUCCAUUGCCUUAUGCAUUUUCUCAGGUGUGUUUGGAGGUAAUCUACAAUGCAAUUCAAACACUAAUUUACUCUCUACUACUUUUCUCCAUGAUGGGGUUCCAGUGGAAAGCAACAAAUUUUCUGUGGUUCUACUACUUCAUUUUGAUGUGCUUCGUCUACUUCACAAUGUACGGGAUGAUGAUUAUUGCACUGACUCCAGGCCCCCAAAUUGCGGGCAUAGCCAUGUCCUUCUUCCUCAGCUUUUGGAACUUGUUCUCCGGAUUCAUGGUUCCGCGAACGCAAAUUCCAAUCUGGUGGAGGUGGUAUUACUGGCUAUCUCCAAUUGCUUGGACAAUCAAUGGGCUUGUGACAUCUCAAGUAGGAAACAAAGGAGGAAAUGUUCUGGUGGCUGGGAGAGGGCAGAUCCCAGUGAAAACCUUCCUCAAAGAUACAUUUGGGUAUGAGUAUGACUUUCUGCCAUACAUUGCUUUGGCUCACUUUGGGUGGGUGUUUGCCUACUUCUUUGUGUUUGCUUAUAGCAUGAAGUUCCUCAACUUCCAAAAGAGAUGAUUUUUUUAUCAAUUACAAAACUGGAAAACUACUCUGCACUCUCAAUUGGGGGACACCAAAUGGGUUGCCUCUCAUCUCUAUUCUUUAUAAAUUUUUUUUAACUGUACCAGGGCUUAGGUAAAAAUUAUACCAGUUGUAGUCUGUAGAUUCGUUUUACUUCAGAAAUAAUCAGUGUAUUAUAUACUAAAUACUGAGUGAACUCUUUAGUUCUGUGCUACGUGCAUGUGUAA